AGAUACGCCAGCUUAUAUUUCUGUGUAGCAAUAGAGAAAGAUGAUAAUGAACUUCUCACACUGGAGAUAAUCCACAGAUAUGUUGAGCUUCUGGACAAAUAUUUUGGAAGUGUAAGUACAGUAAUCACAAAUUUCACUGUGACUAAAUCAAGAAAACCUUAUGUGAUUAUUUGUUUUUUCGGUUUGUUGAUAUGGAGCAUAAGUUUAUGUCAUUCAUGUGUUGAUUUUGUUUACCGAAAGGUUUGUGAGCUGGAUAUCAUUUUCAAUUUUGAGAAGGCUUAUUUUAUGUUGGAUGAACUGAUUCUUGGAGGAGAGAUCCAAGAAACAAGCAAGAAAAAUGUCCUGAAAGCAAUAUCAGCCCAAGAUCUUCUUCAGGAGGUAGGUUGAGACCUUCUUUUUUGAUAAAAAGUUACAAUGCUGGUUUCAGAAACUUGCUGCAUUGAUUUAAAAGGAAAGCUUCCUUGUUUUCAGUGUUCUUUUGAUUAUUUUAAAACCAAAGCCAGAGUUAUGUAAUGACCAUUCAAAACAAAUGCAAAUAUCAAAAGGAGCUGACAAGAAUUCAAAAUAUUUAAACAGAAAAGGCCUUAGUCUGGAAAAAUAUGGGUUUUUUAAUAAUUGGUUUUUUGAUUUUUGUAUAAUGUGAUUGGUUGCUGUGACUCAACUUUAUAGGCCAAUCAGAGAGUACAGGGAAACACAGGCAAUGACACAUUGCAAAUCACUUUUGACACUUGACUUGAAAUUGCCAUGUCAGCAAAAGUAUACACUGUUUGCAAACAGUAAGAAAUUUUGUAGUAGUGUUGUUAUCCUCUUAGUCAUCUUCAUUUUGAUCAGGUGAUAUUUUAUGCUGUAUGUUGAUUGUCUUUUUUGUUCAGUUUUUAUAACUGUACCAUGUGUUUAGCAACAGGUAAACCUCAGGAGCUUACAUAGUCCUUUUUUUAAGGCUUGUCUUCUUUAAAUUCUACUAUUUUAGUCACCAGUGACAUCCUAUUAAAUCUAUUCAUGUCUGCAUUAUGUCACUUCGUUGUAUAUUGUGAGAUAGUUCAACUGUUUCAAAUGUGGUGGUACUAUUAACCAGAUUAGUGUUGAAAAAAUGAAUAACCUAAAACUGCUCAAGUUGAUUUCCAACUGAAAUAAAAGCUUCAAUAUAAAAGCUGCAAAUGUAGAAUUUUUACUCAACUUUGUUGUGAGAAAAUUGUUAAUACUAACAAAUAGAUACAAUAUAAUUUGAUUUGACUUCUUAAAUUGCCCUUAAUUUUGUUCAAACAUUUUAACAUUUUAAAGCAACACAAUGAAAUAAUGGUAAAAGAAAUAAGGUAAAAGUAAAUAAUAAAAUGUGUGGCUUACAUCAUUAAAUAAACCUUUGAUUGCAAAAUCUCUUUUUGUUAAGUUACUUAAAUUAACAAGUUUUUUUCAUUGUCACAUUUCAGACCUUCUGUGUUUUCACCUAGACACCGGUCUUUAUUUUUUUUGUCUUCAACAAUGUCAACAUAUAGAUUCUCAAAACCACACUUCAUGUCCUAUACCCAAUCUUGUAAGGGAGAAUGUAGAUAUAACUGAAUCAUGAAAUGGGUAGUGUUUAGUAAUGAGUUUCUUCUUAUCAUCACUUACCUGAGGAGGCCAUUUAAAAUAUUUGGUGAAAUUUUCAACCAUCAAAGAAAUCCUCUUCUUUAUCAACACAACAUUUGGAAUGGGCAAAGGCCCAUCAGGUGAUGUGAAGGCCUGUGGAUGAAGAUGUCCAUGUUUGUGUUCUGAGCGGGCUCAUUGUUUUGUAUUCCUGAACAAGACAAUCUAUAUUCUUCCAGUGCCUUCUCCACCCAGGAGUCAUGAGUUUGAAAAAGGUAUCAGUGAAUUAUCAGGGAAACCUGAUAAAAUUCUGAGGGAAACUAAUCAUGGACUAGCAUUCCAUCCAGGGGAUGGGGUAAUACCCUUAUUUUUUUAUGUUGCAGAAAUUGAGGUGAACUAUAACAACAAGGUGUUUUAGUCUUUGCAUGCCAAAAUACUUUGAUUUCACAUAGUGCCAGCAGAUAGUGUCACUUUCCUACAGACAUCUUUAUACCUUUGAUAUCUUUGCUAAUCCUUUCCUCUGAGCUUCCACUUUGCCUUGCUUUCAUACUUUUUCCACAGGAAGCAGAACUGCGCAGUGCUUUGGAGGAAAUGGGUCUUGCCUGAGUUCUUUCAUCUGUAAAAUCUCUACCUCUGAUACUUUUGUUCUACAGGAAGGUGAACUCCAGCGCACGCUGGAAGAAAUGGGUUUGGUCUGA